UUGUUGCAUCGCCUUUCAAAUAGUUAACAACAUAUGCUGGCCAUUUGCUUUUGUAAAAUGAUUGCAGAGCCCAGCAUUUAUGUAAAUGCAUAACUCUACUUAUCACAACGGAAAAAUCGAAGUGCUUUAAAUGUCAAGGACAACAAAAAGCAUAACAAAACAAACAACAAACACAACAACAACAAUAGCACAGAGGAGCUGCUGUAUUUAAGGCGGAAAAGCCAAACCAAACCAAUUGCAAAAGUCGAAUGUAAAACCAAAUCCGGAACAGCAACAACAGCCAUGUCCAAUAAUCCUGCAUAUGCAACGCCCGCCCAAAAGCCGCCAAGUGCCAGCAGCAACAGCGGUAACAAUGCAAGCGGCGAAUCAAAGGUGGCGUCAAACACAUCCGUCGCCCACACGUCGCUGGAUGUUAGUGGGACGACGACACCACCAAAGGCAAUGUCCGCCGUGCAAGCGCAGGCGGCAGGACAUAACUGGACGGACGAGGUGGACAGUCCGUUGUGGCUGUCCUCAUUGCAUAGCGUUAUAUUUAUCAUCACGUGCGCUUUGGCCGUUUUUAUAUUGUUUCGCAAUGUCCUGACAUGGCAUUUGCAGAGCUUCUGGGGCGCCUCCGGUGACUUUUGGCAAUCGCAAUGGGACAAGUUCAUUGACAAGUUUGGCGAUGAUCCGAUGAUGCUUUGGGUCUUUGGCACCACCAUGUUCACAAUGAUUGUGUACUGGAGUGUGGGAGGCAUUUACACAUUCAUGGAUCUGACCAAUCGACCGGCCUGUCUCCGCAAAUACAAAAUCCAGCCGGGCACCAAUGAGCCCGUCGAGGCCGGACGUCUGCUGAAGGUCAUUUGGCGUGUGAUCUGCAAUCAAAUAUUUGUGGGCAUCCCGCUGGCGUAUCUCAGCUACAAAUUGAUGACGGUGCGGGGCCUGAGCGAUAUACGAGAGCUGCCCACAUUUCACUGGGUCUGCUUCGAGCUAACCGUGUGCAUAUUGAUGGAGGAGCUGGGCUUCUACUAUUCGCACCGUUUGCUCCACCACAAGCACAUCUAUAAGUUCAUACAUAAGCAGCAUCAUGAGUGGACCGCACCUAUAUCGGUCACGGCCAUCUAUUGCCAUCCCAUUGAGCAUAUAUUCAGUAACCUGUUGCCACCGUUUCUGGGCGUAUUCCUGAUGGGCAGCCAUGUGGCCACCGCCUGGCUAUGGUUUGCACUUGCCAUACUCUCGACGCUGAAUGCACACUCCGGCUAUCAUUUGCCCUUCUUUCCCAGCCCCGAGGCGCACGACUUUCAUCAUUUGAAAUUUAACAACUGCUUCGGAGUCCUGGGCGUCCUGGAUCGCUUGCAUGGCACCGACUCGCUAUUUCGUGCCACCAAAUCCUAUGCGCGGCACAUUAUGAUGCUGAGUUUUGUGCCGCCACGCGAUGCCUUUCCCGACUCCACCAUGAAGUGACUGGUUCCUGGUGCAACAACCCUUCUUCAAGCUGUUGGCCGUCAGGUUUUAUUGUGUAAUCCUCUCCUCUAUACUCUUUCUGCUCAUAUAUAUACUUAUGUGUAUGUAUGUACAUAUAUGUACCUUAUAUAAAAUAAUGUAUUCUUUUA